CAGACAUUCCGUGUGGAUAUGGACAAUAACGGUUUUAGCUCUGAUGAGGAGACAUGUGUCCAGCAUGUUGGACUGUUUCGAGUAGCUGGGAGUACUCCGGCGAUUAAAGUGGAUGUCACACUCAAUGGCUGUCCUGUCUCCAUGGAUGUUGAUACAGGGGCAGCUGUGUCUGUCAUUUCAUGGACUGAUUUAAAGGCAUCGGGUCUGUCCCUGCCGCUAAAACCUACAAAGCUCACGCUACAAACCUACAGCAAGGAACUACUACAGCCCUUGGGUUAUGUAAAGCCCCUUGUUACAUUAGGCAACCACAGUCAAAGUCUACGCCUUUAUGUUGUAAGGAAUGGAGGUCCUCCGCUGUAUGGAAGGGACUGGAUCAAAGCCCUGGGCAUGCCUCCUUUUACCAUUGGCCAAUGUACAUUGCUUUCUAAAGUAGACCAUUGGGUGGAAUCCCUGAAGUCACGUUUUAAAGAGGUUUUUGAGGACUCUUUGGGCACCGUAAAAGGAAAGAUGGCCCACCUCCUCUUGAAGCCUGGUGCUACACCUCGUUUUUGUAAGGCAAGAUCAGUACCUUUUGCCUUGCGGAAAAAAGUGGAAGCAGAGCUGGACCACCUAUUGGCUGAAAAGAUCAUAACGAAAGUGGAUAGAAGUGAAUGGGCAUCACCAAUUGUGCCUGUCAAGAAAAAGAAUGGAGACAUUAGGAUUUGUGGUGAUUUCAGGGUAGCUCUGAACAACCAACUUCUUGUGGAUCAAUACCCAUUGCCUCGACUUGAAGAUUUAUUUGGCUCACUGGCUGGGGGGCAAAAGUUUACAAAAAUAGACUUAAAGCAAGCUUACCUGCAACUGCAAGUACACCCAGAUUCACGCCAUCUGUUGACCAUUAACACUCAUAAAGGAUUAUUCCAGUAUAACCGCAUGUUUUUUGGCAUAGACCCAGCUCCAGCCAUCUGGCAGCGGAUCAUGGAUGAGGUACUGGCAGGAAUACCUUUCACCCAAUGUCUACUGGAUGACAUGCUCAUCACUGGUCCCACUGAUGAAGAACACAGAAAGAAUGUUGAAGCUGUGCUAGGGAGACUCCAAAAGUAUGGUUUACGUGUCAAUCUGUCAAAAUGCGAAUUUCUCAAGUCUCAACUGGAGUUUUGUGCCCACACGGUGGACCGUCAUGGGUUACACACUACUGAAGAAAAGGUUAAAGCCCUUACCCAUGCCCCUACCCCCCGGAAUGUCACCCAGCUCAGGUCCUACCUUGGCCUCCUAAAUUACUACCACCGUUUCUUGCCGAACCUAGCGCACCAGCUCUACCCAUUACAUCGCUUACUGGAUGCAAGAGCUAAAUGGAUAUGGACAGACAAAUGUGAAGAAGCUUUUUGGCUUUCUAAAGAACUCAUUCUGUCUUCUCGAGUUCUGGUCCACUAUGAUUUAAAGAAACCCGUCAUCCUGGCUUGUGAUGCCUCGCCUUAUGGACUGGGUGCAGUGCUUUCCCAUGUCAUGCCGGAUGGCACGGAGCGCCCCAUUUCUUUUGCCUCCAGGUCUUUAACCUCAGCAGAACAAAACUACUCCCAGAUUGACAAGGAAGCUUUGGCCAUUGUAUGGGCCACAAAAAAAAUUCACGCGUACGUCUAUGGUCGGGAGUUCACACUUAUCACUGACCACAAACCUCUGUUGUCAAUACUGAACCCUCAGAAAGGAAUUUCUACAACAACCGCAUCUCGCUUACAAAGAUACGCUUUAUUUUUAGGAGCUUAUGCUUAUUCGAUCAGAUACCGCUCCCAUGAUACCCAUGGCAAUGCAGAUGCAUUUUCCAGAGAUGACCACCCACUAAGAGAGGUACGUGUAGUGGAAGUACACAGGCCACAAUCUUGCAUGUCCACCUCCCUGAUUGCCAAACAUACAGCCACAGAUCCUUUCCUGUCUCAGAUAUUCUCUUAUGUUCAGACUGGAUGGCCAGGGAGUGUUUCAGGUGACUUUCGUCCGUACUUUGCCAGAAAAUGUGAGCUUGUGACUAAUGCUGGUUGCCUACAAUGGGGCAAUAGAGUGAUUGUACCCCAGUACUUGCAAUCAACCAUGCUAAGGAUACUGCAUGAAGGCCAUCCUGGUGUGGUGCGCAUGAAGCAGCGGGCCCGGAGCUAUGUUUGGUGGCCACAAAUGGAUACAGCAAUUGAAGAUUAUGUUGCUCAAUGUCCUGGGUGCUGUCAAGCCCAGCGACCCCAAAAGAGAGGAACCCUGCAACCUUGGCCAUGGCCAACAGAACCGUGGUCCAGACUCCAUCUUGAUUUUGCUGGCCCCAUCCAGGGUAAAAUGUAUUUGAUCGUGGUAGAUGCACAUUCAAAAUGGCCGGAGGUUUUUCAAAUGCCUUCUAUUACCUCAGCUGCUACCAUUCUAGUCUUAAGGAAGCUCUUUGCUCAAUUUGGCUUGCCUACAGCCAUAGUCUCCGACAAUGGAACUCAAUUUACAUCGCAUGAGUUUCAAUCCUUCCUUAGUGGUUUGGGUGUCCAACACUACAAAACAGCUCCUUAUCAUCCAGCUUCAAAUGGGCUGGCAGAACGAUUUGUGCAGUCAUUUAAGAAGCACUUACUGUCCACUCUGGACCAGGUUGGACUGUCAGAAGAGAAGCUGCUGGAAUUCUUGAUCAUGUACCGUAACACGAAACACGCUACUACUGGGCUGUCACCGGCUUUUCUUAUGUUUGGCAGGCAUCUCCGCACCAAACUUGAUUUAGUUCGUCCGCAGGAGCAGUCACCAACACCUCCUCCGCCGGGCCGUCUGGGAUUCCGUGCCGGUGAUCUUGUAUGGUCUCAGAAUUACAGAGCUUUGCCUCCUUGGCUUCCUGGCGUUAUUGAUGGAACUCUUGGCAGAAGAAUGUACCUUGUCCGCCUGGAGGAAGGCAUUUGUGUUCGGCGACACCUUUCACAAUUGAGGAAACGCAUUUGCCGGCCACUAGUGACAAAACCGACCCUUCUUUCUGACCACCCACCAGAGUCUACUCUGAACUCUGCUGGUGACAUAUGGCAUGGUGUCUGGCAUGAUCCCACAAGUUUACACCCAAACCCUGAACCGGUUGGUGACCAUAUUCCUGAGGAGCCCGGACAUGUGCCUGAAGUUACAGAGACUGAUUUGUCUGUGGGACGCCCACUGACAUCUCCAGUACCUUUGACUGACUUUAUUCCUCCCGGUGCUGUACCUCUGCGUAGGUCUACCCGUCAAAGACGUCAAACGCCUCGCUGGCAAAGUGCUGAAAUCUUACGGGACACAUUGGAGGUCAGGGAACAGAGACAAAGGGCUCAUGAAGUGCUGCGGAAAUCACAGAACUGAAUUGGAGAUACUACUUGCUGAACUGAUCUCGCUU